AUGACUGUAGAGCGACAGUUGGUCGCUGCUGAUUUCAACGACGUUUUUGCCAUCCAAGUGUUGGGUCAGUUCGGGAAACACGCAACCGAAGAGCGCAUCGGUGUCUCGGCAGUCAAGCUCCUAAAAACAAAGCGCCGUCCGUCGUGUUAUGGGCAACACCCCGCGUUUUCCGGUCCCGCCAGCCCCGGCGCCGCGUGCCAGCACCACAGCGGCGGCGUCAGCAGCGGCGGCGGCGGCGAGUCGUACAGUCGGAGCAGCUCGUUCGGGUACACGCGCGCGUUGCAGCAGAAGUACGGCAUCAUCCCCGACACCUUCCGCUCCAUCGCGCAGGUGCAGGAGAAGCUGCGCGAGGUGGGAUUGGAGUCCAGCAACCUCAUCGUGGCCGUUGAUUUCACCAAGAGCAACGAGUGGACGGGCAAGCAGAGCUUCAAUGGGCGGUCGCUGCACGCAAUAGCACCGGGAGUGGUGAACCCGUACGAGCAGGCCAUUGAAAUCAUCGGCCACACUCUCUCCGCCUUCGACGAGGACAACCUUAUUCCCUGCUAUGGCUUCGGCGAUGUCUCAACGCAUGACAAGGCAGUGUUUGCGUUCAACGAGGGGCAGCGGCCGUGCAAUGGCUUUGAAGAGGCACUUCAGCGAUACCGUGCCAUCGCCCCCCUCGUGCAGCUCUCAGGCCCCACGUCAUUCGCCCCGGCGAUAGAGGCAGCGGUGAGGGCGGUGGAGGAGAGUGCCGGCCAGUACCACGUGCUGCUCAUUAUCGCUGAUGGCCAGGUCACUCGCAGCGUUGACACGCCUCCAGGAGUGUUCAGCAGACAGGAGCAGGCCACUGUUGAUGCCAUUGUUGCUGCCAGCAACUAUGCGCUGUCAAUAGUGAUGGUGGGGGUGGGUGACGGCCCAUGGGACACCAUGGAGGAGUUUGACGAUGCUCUGCCGCAGCGCAACUUUGAUAACUUCCAGUUUGUCAACUUCACGAGGGUCAUGGCAUCAUCACGAGCACCGGAGCAGCGGGAGGCACUCUUCGCCCUCUCUGCACUCAUGGAGGUGCCUCAUCAGUACCGCGCCUGCACCGAGCUGGGGCUGCUGGGUCGCCCCGUGGGUCGCAUGCCCCCAUCGGUCCCCAAGGAGCCCCCUCCGCGUGUGCGAGCAGCAGAUACUGCAGCGGCCCGAGCUGCCUCCCUCGCUGCUGCCAACCUGCCCCCGCACCUCAACCCCAAUAAUCUCGGCCCAUCAGAUUUCAACCCCAGCACCGCUCCUAACCCCUUUGGAAACCUCAUGGAUGGCACUGCUGCGUACGGUUAUGGUGCAGGCAGCACUGCAAACGCCGCCAGUGCUGCUGCUGACCCUGCGCCGGGCUCUGGGGGGCCAGCAGCAGGAGCGGGCACGGAGUGCCCGGUGUGCCUCAUGUUCCCCAAAAACACUGCCUUCCAGUGCGGCCACCAGACUUGUGAGGAGUGUGGUCAGCAGAUGAACAAUUGCCCCAUAUGCCGUGCACCCGUUACCAUGCGCAUCAAGCUGUACAGUUAA